UUAAAGCAAGGGGCGAAAACAGUUCAGGGCUUCAGGCAAAUCCUUGCUUGGAUCCAGGCUCAUCUGAGUUUGGCCCUCUUUCUCCCAAAGCACUGCCACAAGCUCCCAUAGCCUAAAACCAAAACAGCAUCACCAGAUAACCUGUAACCAUAUCCACUUUCUGCGCACCGUCAACACUCGACAGCGUGCGCUGCGUCAUUUGCGUCAGCGCCGGGAGCUCCCAUCUCCUUCCUCUUCCUUCGUUGCUGGAUCCGCUUUUGUCCAGGGCUUCUGACAAGCUUUGGAGCCAUAGACAUCAACCAGCCUGCUGACAGUCUGGCCGGCAAUAUGGAGGCCCAGCUAUUUGAGGCCAAGCACCAGGCAGCCGCUGCGUCGGCGGGCAGCAGUGCCGCCGGGAGCGAUGCCCCUGCACCGGCGGACAGCUGGAGCCGCCUGUCUCCUGCCGCGGUGCGCCAUGUGGCUGCCCUGCUGCACCCCGACGACGCCACCUCCUUUGCACUCGUCAACCGCAGCACCGCGGCCACGCUGCACCUGGGCCUGCCGCGGCGGUACCGCAACGGGCCGAACUUCAUGGCGCCAGACGAAGAUUGGCUUGAGCCGCACCGUGCGCAGCAGCCGUGGCCCGAGGCCGCCUUUGCUGCGCAGUGGGGCCGGCCCGAGCCCUGGCGCUCGCUCAGCCUUCCCCAGCGCCGGCGGCUGCUAUGUCUGGCCGCGUCCUCGGGCCACGCCGCCAGCUGGCACGUUGCGCGGGCGCACUGUGGCUGCGCAAUGGACACAGAGGUCCUGGCGGCGGCAGCGGCGGCAGGCCACGUGGACGCUUGCAAGCUGCUGCUGCUGCCCAAGGGCGUGGCGCCCACCAAGGGCGUCGUGACGGCCGCCGCUUGGGCAGGGCAGCAGCCGGCGCUGGAGCUGCUGCUUGACGCAGGAGCAGACGACCUGCUGCAGGCGGCGGCCACGGGCGCGUGCAUGGGCGGCCACGCGCGCCUUAUCACCUGGCUGCGGCAGGAGCGCGGCCACGAGCUCAGCACGCAGGACAACGACGGCUACGACUGCGACAUCGUCCGCAACGUCUGGCCCCAGACCGGCUACGUCGAGACGUCAGCGCGCUGGGGCCACGUGGCAUUGGUGCGGCAGCUUAUGGCGACCUUCCCGCUGGUGUAUGGGGUGCCAGCGGACGCGCUCGGGGCGGAGGCGCUGUGGGCGGAUGCGAUGGCAUCAGAGGGGUGCACAGCGGCUUCGCCGCCGCCUUCGGAGGCGGAGGAGGAGGAGGCGAGGAAGGCCGCGUAUGAGGAUACGCGGCGCCUUGACGCCCGGAUGGCGCUGCUGGUUGCCGCCGCCGAGGGUUUCCCCGCAGCAGAGUUCGUGUGGCUGUGGCGCCUCUUUGAGCAGCACACCCCCGGGCUGCCCGAGGCCGACCAGUGGCCGCUCGCAGGACGACCUGGCGCGCGCCUGCUGGACUCGGCGGCUGGCAGCAGCACGGCCUGCUGGGCGGAGAAGGUGCAGUUCCUGCAGCAGCGCCUGCAGGGCGACGUCGGGUUGGGUGAUGAGGAGCAGGCAGACCAGGAGCAGGCAGACCAGGAGCAGGCAGACCAGGAGCAGUCGGACGAGCCGGAGCUCCCGCCUUUCGAUCAGAUGGUGGAGAACGUCUGGUCGAGCGUGAGUCUGCGGCAGGACUACCUGCAGCGGCUGCAGCAGCUCAAUGGCAUGGGUAUCAGGGACGACGAGCAGGCGGUCAACUGUGCCUUAAUUAAGGGGCAUGCCGACGCCCUUGCCUACCUGUGGCGGCCCGAGGGCGACAUGCAGCCGUACGAGGACCUUGCCGAGACGUCCACGGCCACGCUCUGCUUUCCUUGCGGCCUGCGCAUAAUUGUGGGCGACACGCUGGCGGCCAAGGACGCCAACCUGCUGUCCACCCUGCAGCUGCUGCAGGACAAGUACGGGGCCAAGUACCUUGCCCGCCACGCUGCAUACGCAGCGCGGAACGAGGCAAGCCUCAGCUCCGCGCCGGAGCAAUCGCUGCUGUACCUGGCAGCGGAGGCCAAGGGAGCAUUUGACGUGGAGGCCUGGACAGAUGCCUUCACCGGGGCGGCCCGCACCGGCGCCAGCCUGCGGCUGCUGCGAAAGCUGCGCGAGCGCGGCGCGGCGGUUGACCUGGGCGCAGUGGCGGAGGGCGGCAGCCAGGAGGCGCUGGAGUGGGCCGUGGCGGAGCUGGAGGCGGAGGGCCGCCCGCCGCAGGCACUUGAGCAGGAGCAGGCAAGGCGGUGCGCCAAGAACAGGAUGGCUGUCGACUGGCUCCGCUCAAAGGGCCUGCUGCCGCCGGAGCCGGCAGAGGACGCGGAGGAGAUGGACGAGAUGGAAGAGGGGGAUGUGGAGGAGAUGGAGGAGGCGAUGGAUUGGGACUGAGGAGUGGAUUCUAGGAGUGCUAUGGUGAUGGGCUGCUGCGGCAGUGCCCCCCCCCUCUGCUAAGUGUUGAGCUUGCGUGCUGUCCAGAUGCGCGAAGCAGGUUAUGAGAAUGCUUUUAAGACGAACAAUGCGGUUGGUGUCGGCCAGCCCACGCAUCCAGCCCGCAAGCUGGCAAAUGAAGCACGUGUCCAGCACUGGAGAUCGCACAUGAUGGUGCACUGCGUGUUCGAGAGCACAAGCUAGGGUUGUUCAUGUGUUGUAGCGCAGCAAAAUCUGCCUGGUCGCUGCCGUGCGCACGUACGGUAUACAUACAAUUCUGCGCGGUACACCCACAUGCAAACAGUACGGCACAUACAGCAGUUUGUUUCACGUGUUUGCUGUUGGGCGAUGUGAAUGCAGGCAUGCAUGAUGGCGACUCGGUUCCGCGCACUGACGCAGAAGCUGUAGUCCGCAGUCCACCUUGGUUGCUCUGGUCAUGGCCGGACAAAUUAACAU